CGACUACCAGCGACCUCAACUCUUCUGAUGAAGCGUUUCUUCAAUGCAUCAAUCAGGUCGGCACAACCACAUCGUCCCAGUCUUGAUGUCGUCUUUCCUCGCUAACCCAAGUUCUGGCAACGAACGUCCUUACCAGACACCUGCGUUCCGCGACGGACAAAGAAGCAUCACCUUGCCACUCUUUAUAAGGCCCAGUUAUAUCCAGGGACUACGCAAUUGCAGAUCCCCCCCCCGACGCCAGGCGCGCUUUGUGACCCUUGUUCAGCAGCUGCAACGUCCUCUGAACUUUCGCCGCCUUGUUUCUUGCCUUUGCUCUGACUCCUCCUGCCGGUCGGGACUGCUAUCCGUUCGUUUUAUGUUCGUCUGAUUGAUGACUUACUCGAGCCUCGCUCGCUCCGAGCCAUCAGACCGAGAAUGUCCUGCUCGGGAGGCAAGGCCUGGUAUGUCUGCUUCAAGCGUUCGUUCCAGGGAUGUUGUUCGAUCAAUCCUUGUGACACGGGCAUUUGCCCGGAUGACGAUAACCACAGCACCGACAACACCGAUAAACCCAAGCCAAGCGUAUCGACCUUUUCUAUCUCGACCACAUCAACAAAGUCAACAUCGACAACGACGACAGCAACGGCAACAACGACCCAUACGGCCUCGACUACGACUACGACUUCGACUUCGACUGCGUCGACACUCCAGACGUACACUGAGCUGUCGGGAGUAUCUCCGACUAACAGCCCAGCGAGCAGCAGCGGAGACAAACCCAACGGAGGUCUCAUCGGCGUUUCCGUGGGGGGAGCAGCAGUAGCGUUGAUCCUUUUGGGUUUGUUACUUUGGCUGGUUCGUCGUUCACGCAAGAAGCGUGGUAGAAGAUUUACUCUUCUUUACUGGCGUGGCCCCGCGCACGAACACAAUGAGAAAAGUUAUUCACCUACACGCAGUUCUUUGCACAAUCUUUUAACAUCAGAAGAUAGUCAUUAUUAUGACUCUGACCAUUCCCCGUCUCUAUCCCAAACAGCUACAUCAUCUCGCAAUAAUUCCACAACAGGACCAGGAACAGGAACACUCGUCUCACUCCCCUCCCGCACAAGCCGGCACUCAAUCAGUAGUUCCCCCAGUGUCACACUUUCUCCUCCCCCCACAACCAUCUCUACCCCCUCAGGCGCCCUCCUCGCGGACCAAAUCACCUCCGCCGCUGCAGGAGCGACAUCCGUCAACGCAGGCCCCGUCACAGACACAAGCACCAGGAGCACCAGCACAAGAGCAACCCAUUCACAGCUAGAACCCACCCCUGAGCUUUCAGACACGGGCUUCUACCGCCAACGUGCCGAGCUAGCUGCCAACUCAGCUCGCGAGCUCAUCAACGUGCCUCUCAACGAGCGCCAGCGUCCUCUUCAACCCCAGUCCUCGCCCCGCCAACCCCAGUCCUCGUCCAUUAAGAGUCCCAACCUCCCAGUCCCGCCCGCCAAAGCAAUUGUCACUGCAGAUGGGGUCAUAUUGAGGCCCAACCUAGACCAGCUGGUCCAUGAUCAUGAGAGCAGCACUCUCGGGUCUGGCGACGACCAUGUGAUGAGCUUCAUGCGGUACGAUGCCGCCGAGGACUCGGAAUUACCGGCUUAUCGUUCCAGUUGGGGCUGGAGGAGGUCAUCUACCGGGAGUGCACAUGUCACAAUGAAUGAGAAUGUUAGGGGCUUGUAGAAGAAAAAGAGGAGGGGAAGUGGCUAUUGAUCGAUGGUAUGUAUUUGGGGUAUAUGAUUGGAGAGAUAAAAGGACGAAUGGAUCGAUGUUGGUCUGGAUUGGAAGUGUAGGCGCAGGACGGACUUCUUUUUAAGUCUUUUUCUUCUUAGUCUUGUUUUUAUUUGCGUAGGCUGGG